UUCUGUUAAUUGUUGUGGAAUAAUUAACAUAGUGAUUCACUUAAGAUUGGUAUAAUAUUAACGCACUUCUAAGGAAAGAAGUCGAUGGGGACUCAUAAUUUAAUUCUGUUAUUCAUCCACGUCGUUCUUUUUAUGGCGCCGGGUAUUUUAUCAGCUGGUCGGAGAGACGUAGAUGAAAGCAUAAACCAACAUGGCGAUCCUCAUCAUCCCGAGCUGUUUGCAGCAGAGUUUGGUGCUGCUCCAAAAAGGAGGAACCUAAAAGCCUGCGUUGCAGUAAACCAAAUAGACAAGUGCUGGAGGUGCAAAGCCGAUUGGGCAGACAAUCGUCAAGCAUUAGCCGAUUGCGCUCUUGGUUUCGGAAAGGGAACCACCGGUGGCAAAGGUGGCGACAUCUAUGAGGUGACUGAUCCUUCAGACGACGAUUUUACGGAGCCAAAGGAAGGAACCCUCCGUUGGGGUGUUACCCGAGACAGACCUUUAUGGAUCACCUUUGCAAAAGAUAUGGUUAUCAAUCUAAAACAAGAGCUCGUAAUAAAUAAUGAUAAGACAAUUGAUGGUAGGGGUGCAGCCGUCGAGAUCUGUAAUGGUGGAGGUCUCUCUGUAUUCAAAGUGAAGAAUGUCAUUAUUCAUGGGAUCCACAUCCACGAUAUUCAAGAAACCCCCGGUGGUGACAUUAAGAGUAAUGAAGGAAAAGCAAUGCCAAGAUCAAAACACGAUGGUGAUGGUAUUAUGGUUUUUGGUUCUACGAAUGUAUGGAUCGAUCACUGUUGGUUUCAUGAUGGCCCAGAUGGGCUUAUCGAUGUCACAAUGGGUUCGACAAUGGUCACCAUAUCCAACUGCAAAUUCAGCAAGCACGACAAAGUCAUGUUGCUAGGAGCAGAUGCUACACAUAGUGAAGAUAAAGCUAUGAAAGUUACACUCGCAUACAACAAGUUUGUAGAAGGUUGUAUUCAAAGAAUGCCAAGGUGUCGAUGGGGACUUACACAGGUCGUUAACAAUGACUUUGAGAAAUGGGGAGAGUAUGCUAUCGGUGGUAGUAAUGAACCAACCAUUCUUAGUCAAGGUAACAAAUAUGUGGCUCCCGAUGGCGCUAAUUAUAAAGAGGUUACGCGAAGGGCUGAAGCCACUGAGGACGAGUGGAGUAAAUGGAGUUGGAAAUCAGAAAAUGACGUUUUAGAGAAUGGAGCUACCUUCAAACAAUCAGGUGGUGAUAUACCAAUAACCCCAGAAAUGAUCACACCUGACACAACACCAGUUGCGGAACUAACAGCUGAUGCUGGCUUACUCGUGUGCUCUCCUGGGACGCCUUGUUAAGCACCCAAAACAACCAACAUUAAGGUGGUGCCGAGGAAUAAGGACCGUGACAGUAUAAGGUCAACGACUAAUUGACUAGGAGAAAUCAAUGAAAUCUCUUGUCAUUAGUUAUUCUUCAUUUAAAGUUUCACCAAAUUUUGUUAUUAAUAUUUGAAUCUUUUAUUGACUGAAUAUUUUCAGUCGCUACUUAGAGAUUA